GCAUGGUUCCCGACAAUAGAAGAAAAUUCUCCUAUACUAGUUUUCUUUAAGUACUUUAAUCCUGAUACACAAUCUCUUGAAGGAGUGUGUUAUUUAUACUUUCAAAAGUUUGAUAAAGUUGGUGAUAUCAUUCCAAUUCUUUGCAAGAAAAAGAACUUUCCAUCGCACACGCACUUGAAAAUAUACGAAGAAAUAACACAAAACAUUAUUGCAGAAAAGAACCCCGAAUUGACUUUUCAACAAUCUGAGAUACAAGAUGGUGAUAUAAUUUGCUUCCAAAAAGCUUUAACAGAACAAGAAGUACAAGAACAUACUACUGCAGGUCGUAUUUAUGAUAUUCCUACAUUCUAUGAGUUAUUAGUUAUGCGUGUCGUUGUCCAAUUUAAGCCAAAAAACAAAGACCAUAAACAAGGACCCGAAUUUGAAGUGAGGAUGUAUUAUAAUGAAGUUUCAGAUAGAAAUUCAUAUGAAUCGGAUCCUCUAACAUUACGAUUUACAACGGCACAUCCAACUACUGGUACAUACAAAACUGUAAUUAAAAGUACGACCACGCAGACAUUGUCAGAAAUGCUUCAAACAAACUAUCCACUUAAUUCAGCAAACCUUUUGUAUUAUGAGAUGCUUGACAUUAAUAUUAUUCUAUCGGAUUAUGGAUUGACAGAUGAGUUUCUAGGUCUUAAUCAUAUGGACAAAACGGGACAUGUAGGAAAGUAG